UUUUUUUUCUUUCCCUUUCACUGUAGUAGUGAGGCCUAGUCUCGAGCCAUGGAGAGCACUCUCCCGGCGGCCGGCUUCCUAUACUGGGUGGGCGCGAGCACCAUUGCCUACCUGGCCCUGCGAGCCUCGUACUCGCUCUUCAGGGCCUUCAAGGUGUGGUGUGUGGGCAACGAGGCCUGGGUCGGCCCGCGGCUCGGAGAAUGGGCAGUUGUUACAGGUGGCACUGAUGGAAUUGGAAAAUCGUAUGCAGAAGAGUUGGCAAAGCGUGGAAUGAAGAUUGUCCUGAUCAGCAGGUCCCAGGAUAAACUGAAUCAGGUUUCCAACAACAUCAAAGAAAAAUUCAACGUUGAAACAAGGACCAUUGCUGUUGACUUUUCAUUGGAUGAUAUUUAUGAUAAAAUUAAGACAGGCCUGUCUGGUCUUGAGAUUGGCGUUUUAGUGAACAAUGUGGGCAUGUCGUACGAGUAUCCAGAAUACUUUUUGGAAAUUCCUGACUUGGACAACACCAUCAAGAAACUGAUAAAUAUUAAUGUGCUUUCCGUGUGCAAGGUGACACGCUUGGUGCUGCCUGGCAUGGUAGAAAGAUCUAAAGGGGUGAUUCUCAACAUCUCCUCUGCCAGUGGCAUGCUCCCGGUUCCACUGUUGACAAUCUACUCUGCAACCAAGGCCUUUGUAGAUUUCUUCUCUCAGUGCCUCCAUGAGGAGUAUAAGAGCAAGGGCAUCUUUGUGCAGAGUGUCCUGCCAUACUUUGUAGCUACAAAACUGGCAAAAAUACGGAAGCCGACCUUGGAUAAACCCUCUGCAGAGACAUUUGUGAAAUCUGCAAUUAAAACAGUAGGUUUGCAGACCCGCACUACCGGCUAUGUGAUCCACGCUCUCAUGGGCUCAAUAAACUCAAUCUUGCCUCGUUGGAUUUAUUUUAAAAUAACCAUGGGUUUCAACAAGUCUUUGAGGAAUCGCUAUCUGAAGAAAACCAAGAAGAACUAAGUGCUGCUGAGUCACUGAGCCCCUUGGCCGGAUGCUUGACCUGUGCCUACACACCAGGCAGUCACCUGCCUGUCCCCAGAGUCUCAGUAAUUACUAACAUGGCAUAGUUGGCAGAAAACAAAUUCCUUUUAGAGGCUCCUAACAUAUAUUCUGGAUAGAACCAGGAGUAAUUUGAAGUCUAAUGUAAAUGUUCUUGGCAAAUGUAUGUGGAACACUUUGACAGAAAGGAACAGAUAACAGAGGUAGACAUAGACCCAUCUGGCCCAGAAUGCCAAUGAUCAUGUUAUGUUUGGUCUGGAACCUACUAUAAAGUGUAAUGGCUAGCUACUCUUUUAUUUUUAGCAUUAGUGGGAAUGGUGCUUAGUUAACUUGCUGUGGGCAGAUACAAUGCAGUUUACACCAGUUUCUGUAAGGUUUUCUAAAUGUAUGUUCCAGUUUACAUAUUUAUAUGGAACUGGUCUUCUCAAAAGAAGCUCAGACAUGAAGAGAAUUGAAACACGGAAUUCUUUCUAACACAUAAGCCCACAAAAUGUUAUUCUUGGAACACACAUUAUGUCUGCUUUAUUCAAAUGUAUGUAAAUACUGAAUGCUAUAUAGUGUGACUGAAAUGUAAAGGUAAGUGGGCCAAACUGUAUGUCAAGACCAACCACAUCCUGUGGUGCCUCAAGAUCCAGGAAAGCAGCCUGUGUGGAUAUCCAGUGUUCGUUAUAUCUACACUGCAACCCAUACUACUUGGCUAGGAUGACAGACUCAUUCUGUGGUAGUAAGGAGUCAUAGGAAUAUGUCCUUUCUAAGUUGGUGUCUCAUAUAUAGAAUUCAUAUAUCUGCUUUUAAUAAAAGAUGUAACCGUGGUGUUGAAA